AACCGGCAGUCCCACGGUCACAGAGGCGGUGCGGUGCGAACGCUGCGGUCAUUGCACGUUUUAAACAACGUUAUAAAUAACGAACGUAAAAUACCACCAAAAAAACCGGUAACUACUAGAUAAGCGCGUGACUCUGUGCGUGUUUCCGGUGUUUUGCCAAAACCACGCCGUGUUUGUGGUUCGUUAGUUCCGGGACACGCGCGAGAAUCCUCUCUGCUGAAUGACGGACCGUGAACGCACCUAAGUAUAGGACAUUCUGUCAGCCAUGUCACUGCUGCGGUGCAUUGUGGGACGCCUGCGUCUUCCUCUCGUCCUGAAGACGCCCUUGUCCUCACCCCCUAUGACGUCAGUGACUCACCUCAGACCGUGUGGACGCCUUCAGCGGCGUUUCCUGUCUCGUGGCCGCGACUCGUCCGACUCCUCUGCAAAGAAGCUGACGCUCAGAACUCGUCUGGUGGUGACGCUGCUGUUUGGCGGCGGCGCUCUGGCCACGUGCUGGUACCUGUACGAGGAGAAGCAGCAGAAGCUGCGGCGGCAGCGCGUGGAGCAGCUGCAGCAGGUGGCAGUAGGUAAGGGGAACUUCAGCCUCCUGGACCAUAGGGGGCAGCGCAAGACCAAGCAGGACUUCCAGGGCUGCUGGGUGCUGCUGUACUUUGGCUUCACUCACUGCCCUGACAUUUGUCCCGAGGAGCUGGAGAAGCUGAGCGCCGUGGUGACUAAGCUGGACGGGGACGUGUCCCUGCCACGGCUGCAGCCGCUCUUCAUCACCGUGGACCCGGAGAGGGACGACGUGGCAGCAGUGGCCCGGUACGUGCAGGAAUUCCACCCACGCCUCAUGGGACUGACGGGAACGCCAGAGGAGGUGAAAGAGGCGGGGCGGGAUUACAGAGUGUACGCCAGCGCCGGACCCAAAGACGAGGACGGGGACUACAUCGUAGAUCACACCAUUCUGAUCUACCUCAUCAGUCCUGACGGGCUUUUCCUGGACUACUACAACCGAACCAAAGAUGAGGACCAGAUCACCGAGAGCGUCCGCAACCACAUGAGGACAUAUGUCCCGCUGGGGCAGAUCCACUGAGACAUUUAAACACGUCAAGACCUCAGAAUGAAAAACUGCUCCAGGAAAUGAGACUAUAUUGAAUAACCACUAGGGGGCGACUCAGAUAGUUGCAAAAUGUCAAUGUCCCUCCGACAAUCGUGGGUGUCUUCUGAUUUUAGGCCGGGUUGAACAGAUUAUCUGGCCAAGUUAACCUGUACUGUGAGGGAUUAUCAGAUGUGUCAUCGGAGGCAUCAGAGUCUUCCCAAUUUCACAAGUUUAACAAGUUAGACAUUUACCACUGAAGAGCAAAUGGGGGCAUGAGCAGAAUCUUGUGUACUGACGCUGCCCACGUUCCGCCUCCAAGUUCCUUUGAGAUCCCAAAUCCCUGGAAUCUUGUCCAUGAAAUCUUCUGAUUAAAUGCUAAGUAUGUGGUCGGGCAUCUUGACUGGAUCAUCUCAUCCAGAGUUUCUGUGCUUUUCACAGAAUUGAAAUUUUGUGAUUGAAAAAAAAUGUGGGGCAGGAUUUACAAGAA